UAUUUAGUUGUUGCCACGAAAUGCUGCACUUCAGAAACAAGUGAAAAUCGUAGAGAAUUUCUAGUAUUAAAUACUUAGUACUUAUUAUGCAUAUGCAGACCCCCAAAGUGGCAUUUAGUGGUGGUGAAAUUGACGUCGCAGCUAGUUUUUUGUUUGCCACAUUUCGUAGUUUUCUUUUAGGCGUGUAAAGUGAGAAAGUUUCUGCAAAUUAGAAAGCACUUCCGCAAAUUAUUGUAUGCAAAGUUUUUCGGUCAAUAUAUCAAUUAUUAGCACUCCUUAAAAGUGUAUAUACACAUAUACACACAAAUACAUACAUAUGUCUGUAUGUAAAAAGAACUUUUCUUUGUGUACACAAAAUAAAGCAAGAACUAUGGCAGUGUGUGGCACAAAAAACGGCAACAAUUAUUAAACUUGAAUUCGCACAUCUUCUACACUGACAAAAUCACACACAUUUGCAUACACAUACAUACAUAUGUAUAUGCAAUAUUGCUUGCAACAUCACCUGACCUGUCGGGUGUGAAUAAGGCUUCAAGGAAGUGGCAGUGGCAACUAGCAGAAACAAGUAAUAUAGAGUAAUCGUAGUAAACUGAGUGACUAAGUGUGCUUACACUCGUACAUUUAUACAGUUAUGUUUACAUAAGCGUAUGUUGUAAGUGUGCGCUCUUCCGCUUCCACUAAGCGUCAAGAUGACACUGAAAUGAAAAGGAUCAUGACCCACUUUUGAUAAGCGCGAAAGAAAAGGCAAACAAAUUGACAGUAAAAAGAAUAACAAAAACAAAAAAAAUCACUCAAAUGAUAUUUGGAAGUCUAAAGAAUAAGAGAAUUGCUUUGGCAAGAAAUGUUGUAAGUGCCACACACACAUACAAAUUCAAAGUCCUCGUAAAGUGGCACAACAUUAGUGUAAAAAAAUAAUUACAAUGUAGACUACACUAACGGUAAAUUGAACUUACACUUGUUAAUCUCCCACCAAAUGCCAAAAAGCAAAAACAAAAACAAACGAAAUUACAAAAGAAAAUAUUUUAGCAAAUAAUCAUUUUAAUUAAUUGAAAUUAUACGGCAAAAAUUACACAAAGUACAAAACACAUUCGAAAAACAAAAGAAAAACAAACAAAUUAAACCUACACCGUCAGAGUCACCCUUUGGUGGAGCCGUGAAUCCUUUUUGAUUGUGCAACGAAGCCACUGCAAUGCAUAGAGUAAUUACAGUUUCGAAUCCGUAUUAGUGCAGCUAAUUACACAUAAGCCAACCGCAAUUAAAAGUAACAACAAUAACAACACAAAAUGCUGUAGUGCAACUGCUCGCUUGUCACGCUAGCGCAUAGAAAGGCAGCCGAUCAAAUAAAAUUUGUUGCUCCUUCGAGUUGGUUCCGGCGCCGGUUUUAGCACGCAACUUCGGCUUAUUUAAACACACAGACAUCCACUUAUAUAUAAGUGCAUAUAUAUAAUUAUUUAUACAUUUUGGUGAUAAACUUAUACGCUUCCAACUAUGCUGCCUUGGUGGUGUUAUUUGCUGAUUACUGGGCUGGUGCUCUAUGCCCUCUUCGAACUUCAUUACUUCCUGCGAAUGUGCCUUUGUGUGAUUCUGGCGCGCUUCGUCAAGCGAAAGUGCCAUAUUUUGGAGACGACCAUUGUUGGCGGUCUCUGCCUCACCAACGACAUUGAUUGGCUGCUCUAUCACAUGAACAAUGCGCGCUAUUUGCGCGAACUGGAUUUUGCCCGCGUGGAUUUCUACGAGCGCACAGAUUUGUAUCGCACCAUAAAACGGAAAGGUGGCUCAGUUUUUCAGGGGGCAGCUACCAUACGUUAUCGGCGAUUUAUCAGACCUUAUCACCGUUUUCACAUACAAUCGCGAAUCAUCUACUGGGACGAUCAAUCCGUUUACAUGGAGCAUCGUUUCGUGCGGCCCUCCGAUCAAUUCGUGCACGCCAUUGCAAUUUGCCGGCAACGCAUAGUCGAUUGCUCCGCGGAGGAGGUGAUGAACGACCUGCUGGCACCCAAAAGUAUGCAACUGCAAGCGUCGCACAACACGGUGAGCUCCACAGUGAGCCUGGACAAUAGCGCGGUGACCACAACAAAUCUGGAUGUGGCCGAGAAUGGGCAGACGCACGUCAAAUUGAAACCCGAUGUGCCGCCGGAGAUACAGAAGUGGAUUGAAUAUAAUGAUUUGUCAAGUAAAAAUUUACGCUCGAAUUGCUGAUAGUUGCGUUUGGUCGAAAUGCUGAGCACUUUGCUUAUGAUCAUGAAUGUCUAAAUACUCGAGUAAAACCCUGUACAUACAUACAUACAUAUGGAAUAUGUAACUGCACUUAUUAUAUAGCAAGGAUAUGCCUAGAUGAAAGAAUUAUUUAUUUUUUGAGCUCAUUUUAAUAUGAAAAGUCUUUAAGCGAAAUAUUUAAUUAAGUUUAUAGUUUUUAGUUAAUCAAUUUUUUUUAUAGUGGAAUUAUAAAUGAAGCGCUAAAGCGAAGUAGCUGUGUAUGCCAAUCUCUAAUAUAAUCUACCUUUACUACUUGUAUGUGUAAAUGUAUGCAAAAGAAUACAAGUAAAUUUGUAGGACAUAA